GAAUCAAUCAUCAUAAAGAAAAAUCUCUAUCCAACUACAACAAAAAUCAACUUCGUUGCCAAAAAAAGAUCAACUUGCUCUAUGACACUGCUUCCAUAAUACUUGAACUUCCUAUAAUCGUAUAUACUUCUAUAAGUGCAUAAAAGUCCAUGCAUUUCACGGUCUCACUCUCACAUGUUUAAUUCUUAUUAUAUAGUUUCAUGAAUCAUGACAUACCUUGGUAUACACUUUAGUAGUAUACUACUAAUGCUAUAAAGUUCAAGUCAUCUUCUCUUCUCUGUUCAGUCUUCACCCCACUCUAAUUUUUCAUAGGUUGUCAAAGAAGUUGCGUUUUUGUAGCUUUGUUACAAGAGCAUAACAAAAUUAAGAUAUGGCUUUUUGUAAGCCUAUUAUUUUUUAUCACUUGAUUCUUUGGUUCUUAAUAGUAACAUUUAUCAUUUCCCAACUUUGCUCUGCUCAUCAUCAACAUCAUCACAACCAUUUUCUCACAUCAUCGCUCUCUGUCGAUGUUUCUAAAGGACGUCUCAUACCUCCACACUUCUUCGGCAUAUUUUUCGAGGAGAUUAAUCAUGCUGGGGCUGGUGGUUUAUGGGCAGAACUCGUUAAUAAUAGAGGAUUCGAAGCCGGAGGUCGCUAUACACCUUCACUAAUUAAUCCAUGGGGUGUCAUUGGAGAUGAAAAUGCAAUAUCCAUAAUAACAGAGCUUUCAUCAUGCUUUCAAUAUAAUCCAGUUGCUCUUCGGAUGGACGUACAUUGUGACCAAACAACUUGCCCUCCUGGUGGAGUUGGAGUCUACAAUCCUGGUUACUGGGGAAUGAAUAUUGAAGAAGGCAAUAGCUACAAUGUGGUAUUCUACAUUAAAUCAACUGGACCACUUGAUGGUAUUGUGUCACUAGUUACGGAUGAUGGGACACAAGUGCUUGCCUUCCAGCGCAUACUGCGUGAAGCUGAAAAAGUUAAAGAUUGGACAAAGAUAAAGAUCACAUUAAGAGCUAGAGGAUCAGAUACAAAAUGUAGACUUCAGUUCACAACAAGCCAAAAAGGAACCAUUUGGCUUGAUCAAGUUUCUGCUAUACCUAACAACACAUACAAGGGUCAUGGAUACAGAACUGAUUUAGUGCAAAUGCUUCUGAAGUUGAAGCCUAAAUUUCUUAGAUUUCCUGGUGGAUCUUAUAUUCAAGGAAAUUAUCUAAGAAAUUCUUACCGGUGGAAGGAAACAAUCGGUCCAUGGGAAGAAAGGCCAGGACAUUUUGGCGAUGUUUGGAAUUACUGGAGUGAUGAUGGGCUUGGAUUCCUUGAAUAUCUUCAACUAGCAGAGGAUCUAGGUGUUGAGCCAGUGUGGGUUGUCAAUAAUGGACUUGGAAUCCAGGAACAAGUUAAUAAGUAUCUUCUUGCGCCCUUUUUGCAAGAAAUGCUUGAUAGUAUCGAGUUUGCUAGAGGCAGUCCAAAUUCAACAUGGGGUUCGUUGCGUGCAAAGAUGGGACAUUUAGAGCCUUUUAAGCUGAAUUAUGUUGCGAUAGGAAAUGAGGGUUGUGAAAGAGAUAAAGAGAUGUAUCGAGGAAAUUACGUCAAGUUCUACCAUACCUUAAAAAAAGCAUAUCCAGAUAUCAAAAUCAUCUCAAAUUGUGAUGAAACAACGAGGCCAUUAAGUCACCCUGUUGAUUUAUAUGAUUUUCAUAGAUAUACAAAUGUUCAGGACAUGCUUCAGCUCACUCGUGUAUUUGAGAAGAUAAGAAGGGAUGACCCUCAUGCACCUAAGGCAUUUGUGAGCGAGUAUGCUGUGAUAUAUCCCCAAGACAAACUGAUGAAUGGAACGUUCGAAGCAGCAUUAGCUGAAGCUGCAUUCUUACUUUCACUAGAGCAAAACAGUGAUGUUGUUGAAAUGGUAAGCUAUGCGCCACUUUUUGUGAAUGAGAAGAACAGAGCAUGGAAUCCAGAUGCAAUUUUCUUCAAUACAAAUGAAGUCUACGGAAUUGCUAGUUUUUGGGUGCAAACCUUCUUUAAACAAUCAAGUGGAGCGUUACUUCUGAAUGUUCAUUUCCACAAUCAUUCAAAACCCAACAACACAUAUGUUACCGCUAUAAGCUGGACUAACGAGGAAGACAAAAAGAAUUACAUAACAAUCAAGGUUGUGAAUUUCAACAAAAUACCGUCGAAUUUGAAGAUUUCUGUUGAUGGAGUUGAUUCGAAUUCCGUGAAACUAUGGAGGAAAACUGUGCUUGCUUCUGAUGAUUUGCAAGUAGAUAACACAUUUGAUAAUCCAACCAAGGUUGUGCCAUACACAAGUUUACUCGAAAGCGAAGUAGGUAAUGACAUUGAUGUGGUGGUCCAACCAUACUCGUUCACAGCAUUUGAUUUGAUAAAUAGUGAACAAAGACAAAUUCCAAGGAAGUUUCGGAGUCCCAAAAAGAAGCCAAGUAAAACUCCCUAAGAGAGCAACUUCGAUCGUGAUCGAAUUAUAAAUUAGAUGGAUUGUUCCAGAGAUAUUAUACACAAUCUCCACAUUCAAAUUUACUUUUACCAAUACUAGUUUCUUCAUUGCUAUAUAGCUGCUUUGUCAUUUUUAUUUUUCCUCUUUUUGGAUAAACAGUAGCCUAUUAUAUGCAAUGAUGUUUGUUAGAUGGUGUAAAACUCCGUAAAUCUUGGAGUGUUUUCAUUAAUCAAUAUAUGGUGUUUAAAAAAUAGUAAUUGUUAUUUGUAACUUGAAAUCUUGUGAAUGGCAUAAGGCUGACUUUGAAUACAAAUAUUUUUCAAUCUAUAAA